GAGCUCCACUGGAAAGAUAAUUCCACGAAACAUACCUCCGGCUGUUGAAAAUGUCGAGAGAAUAUUAAUUACUACAUCGUCAUAGACACAUACGACGUGUGUAACAUAAUUCAAAAAUAGAGUAAAAACCCUCGCUUUUCGCGAAAAAUCGAAUACGUUACCGGUGGACUAUUACAAAUUUUCGAGUUUCUAGCCGUUUAUUUGAAGUGAAAAUUUGUGGGCAUAUGUUGUCAUGGAUGAAAAAACUAAUUGUAAAUUUCUUCAAUGAAAUUAUAUUUAUUACAAUCACCGAUUACGAUAAAUACGCUAAACACACGUGAUGAUAUCAUAGACCCACAGGUAUAUAAAAUAUAUUUAUUUUAAGUUUAUUUUAUAUAUCUGUGCAUAGACCUUAUACAAACUAUAACUAUAGGUCAAUGAAUGAUAUUAACUUUAACUGUUUAUCAGGAUCUCAAAAUACAAACUAUUUACUAACAUUAUGCAUAUAGCAUGUAUACUAUUAUAAUAGUGUUUUAGUUUGUAGUAUUGUAGUUUUAUGUUCAACUAAUAACUAUUAACAAAUAAUAUAUUAUUUAUCCGUAACAUUUGGCGAUGAUUAUUGAAUAAUAUCUCCCAAGUCAUAAAUGAACAGAAGUCAAUAAUUCAGUAUUCAAAUAAACUGACAGUAUUAAGGUUAAAUUGUAUAAAAUGUUUAAUUUUAAGCAUUUGUAAACUUCAGUCUGAACAACGACGUUUUUAACCCGAGAAUUGAGAUGACAAACGACACUGCAAAUUUCACUAUGUUUUCUACUAACACUGUAAAAGUCAAGUGUGACUGGCAGUCAAACGUUUGUGGAAUGGACAUCGAACACUGUGUUGUGGCCCGUCCAAAACAAUCUGACAUCGAUACCAAAACACUUGAUAUAUUGCAAUUAAUAACAGAAUUUGAUUGCAAGAGCGUGAAUUUUGAGAAGCCUGAACAUCAAAGUGACUUAUUCAUAAAUAUAAACUGUGAACCGACGCAUGUAAUAGAUAGAGUAGCUGUGUGUUCUGAGGCCAGAAUCAUAGAACUGUUUGGGAAGACUGGAGAAUAUGUGUCUAUACAUCAGUCUAUAAGUCACAGUGAUUUUGAUGGAGUUCAAAUGUACUCUCAUUUGAUACCCAUUGACAGUACAGAAUGUGCUUUAAAAUUAAAACAAUUUAAUAAUUCAGAUUUCAUUUGGAUUUUUGGCAUAAUUAUUUAUUUAACCGAGGUGAAAGAACAUUCUAACAAAUUCUUGGGUCCUAUAAAUAUGCAGAAUGUUCAACAUUUGUUAGAGUCAAAACCAUUAGACUUAAAUGCUUUAAAACUGUUUUCUAUGUUAAGCCUUAAACAAUCACAAUCAAUUAAUAAUGAUGUUUUAAUGUCUAUUUUUAAUAAUAUGGAUAAUUCCAAAUUUUCAAAUAGUGAUCCAGAAGGUGGUGAAUUCAAAUUGGUUAGUUUCAAACAAUUCGAAGAAAAAGUAGAGCACCGACUUCAAAGUAUGGCUGUUCAAAUGAAUACAAUUGAGAAUAAAAUUGAAACAUUAAAUAAAAAGUUUGAUUUGUUGAUAAGCGCAUUACAUGAUAAAAAUAUUAUAUUGUGAUAUUAUGUUUUGUCUAAAAUGUUUAAAUGUUACUUUAAUCCACAAACUAUGACAAAACCGAAGAUAAAAUUUUAAUUCUAUUUUGUCUUGGUUGUACUGGUUUGUAUUGUUUUUAAAUGUAUAUUUUUAUUUUAUUGUAUAAACAGACUGAUAUAUUUAACAUAAAAAAUUAAUAA